AUGGAUAUCGUCCGGCGGGUGUCCCGGUACAUCCCGGCGACCCGGACGCCGCAACUACCGUCUGCGGACAACAGCAAGAAUCGCAAUAAAUCGCGUUCGGCAAAGCUGUGGUCACGCCUCGAGUUCUUCCGCCGCCCAUUGCGGUUAAGAGGCAACUCAAGCAUAUCGGUGCCUCUGGGUGUCGUCAUCCUCUUUCCCUGCAUUGUCGUCAUUCUCAUCCUGGUGCUCUUUGUCAAGCACCCAAACUCGCCCGGCCGGAUAUUAAUGCCAGCCGGUGCUCCGCCUUCCAUUCGCAAAAUCAGCGAAAAACACGACAAGGUUUUCGUCAGCGGCUGCCUCGAGCCCGAUACCAGUCAACCCCGCGCGAAUGCGGCCUUUGUCGUCCUCGCCCGCAACAAGGAGCUAGACGGUGUGAUCCAGUCCAUGAAGUCUAUCGAGCGCCACUUCAAUCGCUGGUACCACUACCCGUACGUCUUCUUGAAUGAUGGCGACUUCAACCAGACCUUCAAGGACACCGUCCGCAACUACACCACGUCCUCUAUUGAGUUUGGCAAGGUUGGCGCCGACAUGUGGGGCUUCCCUGACUGGAUCGAUCCCAAAAUUGCCAAAGAGGGCAUUGCCAAGCAGGGUGAUGCUGCCGUCAUGUAUGGCGGUCUCGAGAGCUACCACGCCAUGUGUCGGUUCUACUCGGGAUUCUUCUACAAGCACCCCUUGCUGGCGAAAUACGAGUGGUACUGGCGGUUAGAGCCGGAAAUCAAGUACUUCUGCGACAUAACCUACGACCCCUUCCUGCACAUGAUCGAGGCCAACAAAACGUACGGAUUUACCAUUGCCGUCAAGGAGCUACGUGAAACCGUCCCCAACAUGUUCCGUUACGCGUCAGCCUACAAGCGUAUGAACAACCUGACCUCUAAGGGCCUGUGGGAAAUGUUUGUUGAGCCACAGCCCGAGAAGGAAGAAGCUCUCGCUGAAGACGACCCCAAGUACAAGGGGCCGUUGCCUGACGAGGUUCUCCGCGCUGAGAAGGCCCGCAAGAGCCAGCAGGAAAUCGACCCGGAGAACAUGGAAGGCGAAAAGUACAACAUGUGUCAUUUUUGGUCCAACUUUGAGAUUGCACGGCUCGAUUUUUUCCGCAGCAAGGAGUAUGAAGACUUCUUUGAGAUGAUGGAUCGCAGCGGCGGUUUCUGGAUGGAGCGGUGGGGUGACGCGCCCAUCCACUCACUGGCAGCCGGUGCGUUGCUGGGGCCCAGCGAUAUACACUACUUCCGCGACUUUGGCUACCGCCAUACGACAAUCCAGCACUGCCCUGCCAAUGCACCGGCACGACAGUUGCCGCGUACGCCGUACCUGGAGAAGACCACGUUGGACGAACGAAAGCGGAUAGAAGAGGACAAGUACUGGGACCAGUUUGACGAGCCCAAGGUGAACGGCGUGGGCUGCCGCUGCCGCUGCGACACAGACAUUGUCGAUGUGGAGGGCAAGGAAGGCAGUUGUCUGGCCGAGUGGGUCGAUAUUGCCGGCGGAUGGGCGAGUCCUUAG